UCAGUUUUCUGCCUCUGACCGAGUUGUCUCCUUGUCGCUGCGUGUGGUCGUCGUGGUUUCUCGUAACGGUUGUUGGUUGGCGUGAGGAGCGCGACUGAUCUCGGCAGCGAUUCAGUGACGCGGUCCGCUGGCUGCAUUACCCAAAACCUAGCCUUCACACCGAGUGCCUCUGUGCGCGAUGAGUACGACCGGGACGAAGUGUAUCGCCAGCAAGCGUACGGAUUGAACAGCCGCGCGAUCGCCCUUGUGGGAGCAUGCAGGACUCAUCAGUGAGCAGCCGCGAGCUUCAGGGCCGCCUUGAAGGAUGGCUUUACGUUUGCGAGUUGGAGGCAGGCCCAGAGCCGAGAGCACCAGCGCUGAAGCGUGCCCGUCACCAGGGACGCUGUUGGCAGCAGCGGUUCUGUGUGCUGCUUUCGGAUAAGAAAACACUGACACAUUUCCCAAGUGAAGAUAUUGCAAGACGUUGUCUGCAUAACCGAGUGUGGGGUGCAGACUGGGAGAGAAUUCUUCCUGAAGAAGACGAGGGUCCACUGUCGGAGACAGGCUCUUUACGUGAUGACCGUCUGCUGAGCUGCUGCUCCCCACCAGGUAACUAAACCCAGAUAAGAAUUUCCCACUAUUGGAACUCUUGAAUUUUAUUCUUAUUUGCAUUGGUGGUUCUGUCAUUCUGCUGUUUAACAGAAAGUUACCCUGUCGAUUUUUGGCUGUAACAGUUGUCUUUGCAUGGAGGCAGAAUGAAAAAGCAUCCAUGUGCAAAGGUUCAAGUACUACCUAUUAAAGAACUCCACAUG